AUGGAUUCGACGCGCUCCAAGAACAUCCGUAAGUUCCAGUUUCAUAUCUCACCAUCGUCAAGCCGUUUUAACCGUCUUCCAAUGGCCGCAGGCGGAAUCGUCGCGCGAGACCUCAUCCAAUGCAAUCAGAUAUGCUUCUUCUCGGGGGCGUUCAUCAGUGCCGUCGCCGUCGUGCUUUCGCUGGACCGGGAGACGCCCGGAAUUGCGGCUGAGGUUGCCCAUAUGCUCUUCUGCAGCUCUGUUCUUGCGGGUAUCGCUUCGGCCGUAACGACGGCCUUGCAGGCAUCCGUCUACGCCGGCCUCCCUUUUCUCUCCGAGCGCGUAAUCGGUCUGAACUGCGUUCCGCAGGACCUUCUGGUCGUCUCGGCGCUACAGACGCUGUUCGGUCUCGCCUGCCGCUUUGGGGGAGCGGAAAUGGCGACGUGGAGAAGCCGGUUGAUUGUCGGGCAGGCGAUGACCCUGUUCCUUUUUAUUCUUAAUAUGUACAAGUUUGCCAGGAAGGCGCUGUCCGAGAAAACAGUCCCCGGCCUUCUGCAAAGCAAGUAG